UUAGUUUAACCUGUUUUCUGUACUCGACUCCAAUUCAGCCCUAUUGAUAUAUAAAGUCAGAGGCUGAGGCUCGGCCACGCCCGUACUGUAGACUUCAAUGGCAUGAGAACUCCACCGCGCCCAGAAGGACUUUAUCCGAGCCCGACUGUCAGAUACACUCAGUUUAUGGUGGAGACCGGACAAAUCCAACUACUGCAGAUCACAUACCCACGCACACACACACGCACACACACUCGCUUCAGGAUGUAUGAACGUGCGCUCUUCGCCGCCUGUCUGCUUACUUUGAUGUUGUUUCAGAGGGCUGAGUCUUGUGAGCCGAGGCCUGUGCUUGUGCAGGUUCCCAAUACGGUGCCCGCAGGUUAUUUCAUCACUCAAGUGACUCUAAGUGGCUGUACGGCCAUACCUGUGUCCUUCACUUCCAGCGACCCUGACUUCGCUGUAAACAUAGAUGGAAGCAUCGUCACACUUCGCUCUUUGGUGAUCACAACAAAGAGGUUCUCUGUUCUGGUACAGGACAACAGCGGCCUUGACUGGAGGGUGGAGAUUAUCUUGUCCUGUAAAAAUGAGGAGUCUCAGAAGUCGGGCAGUGUGGCUCAGAGGCGUGCUAAGAGAAGAUGGAGACCGUUGCCUUUCAGCGUUGUUGAGAAUGCCAGUCCUCCUUUUCCAAAGGAUGUCGAGAUGAUUGCGUCAGAUUCAUCGGUAAAUUACACCGUUCAUUAUGUGAUCAGUGGACAAGGUGUCACUGAAGAACCUGUAGGCCUGUUCAAGCUGGACCAGAAGACUGGGAUGGUGAGAGUCACCGGUCCCGUCGAUCGUGAAAAGAACCCAGUGUUCAAUUUUAUAGCUCGUGUGUUUGACCAAAACAACAGAGAGUCUGAUCAAUUCCUGCCCAUCACUGUGAUGGUGGAGGAUGUGAAUGACAAUGCCCCUGAAUUUACAGGAAAUCGUUUUUUUACUGUGGAAGAACGGUGCAGGGCAGGUACUUAUGUAGGACAAGUAAACGCCACAGAUAGAGACCAACCGAAAACCCCUCAUUCCUUGAUCAAAUAUAUUCUUCUGAACUCCACCGACAUGUUCUCCAUUGAUCAGUCGACAGGAAAAAUAACGGCUAAAUCCAACACCCUAGACAGAGAGGCUCAGGACAAAGUCUAUGUUGGCGUAGAGAUCAGAGAUAUGGGCGGCGCUUCUGAUGGGCUCUUCAAUAGAGGAACUGCUGUGAUCAGUCUUACGGAUGUCAAUGAUAACCCUCCCACCUUUAAAGAGAAGUUGUACAAGGGCACAGUCAAGGAGAACCUAGCAAAUGUGCUAGUUACCAGAAUCCCAGUGGAGGAUAAGGACUUGGUGAACACUCCCAACUGGAAGGCGGUGUAUGAGGUCACUAAAGGGAACGAAAAUGGAAACUUCAGGAUGGAGACAGACCCCAAAACCAACGAGGGGCUUCUGUAUGUCAUAAAGGGAUUGGAUUAUGAGAAAACCCCAGUGAUGAAUCUGGAAGUAACUGCCCGUAAUGAGGCUCCUCUGGUUGGGACGGAUGCCAAAUGGCAGUCGGUGCAAUUCCAGCUCAAUGUGGAAGAUGUAGAUGAAGGACCAGAGUUCAACCCUAACAUUAUGUAUCUCAAAGUCAAAGAGAACCUUCCCAAUGGGACCGUCAUUGGAACCUAUAAAGCUCUGGAUCCAGAGACCAAGAACAGCAAUGGAAUAAAGUACUAUAAGCUGACUGACCCAGGCAAUUGGAUCACAGUGGUGGAGAGCACUGGAGAACUGAAAGUAGCCAAUACUAUAGACAGAGAAUCAUCUUUGGUUCAUAACGACACCUACAACAUCACCAUUAAAGCAGUGGAUGAGAGCAAGAAGACUGGAAAUGGGAUGGUGGUACUCCAGAUUGAAGAUGUGAACGACAACAUACCUUUGAUCCAGAGACCUGAACUGAACAUGUGUAAUAGGGGCGAUGCGGUGAGCUCAGUUCUGAUUGAAGCUGUGGACCAGGACAAGCCACCGUACUCCACUCCCUUCAUUUUUGAACUCGGAGCAGAGCAAGAAGGGAAGUGGAAACUGAAGGAUAUUACAGAUUCGUCAGCGGUGCUUCAGCAGGUGGAGCCGAUGCCCAACGGCAUGUACACUGUCCCCAUCACGGUGAAGGAUCUGCAGGGAACUGGGAAGGAGCAGAUAGUGAAUGUGCGAGUGUGCUCCUGUCAGAGGGAGGACAGUGGCGUGGGGAUAUGCGGAACUCGCAGUGCUUCGGUCUCUUUGGGCAAUUAUGGCAUCCUUGCUUUAGUUCUCUCUGGCCUGCUGCUGCUGCUGUUAUGUCUGUUCCUCAUCUUCUUCUGCAGUACCAAGAGAGACAAGCUGCACAUCACUGAUGACACAGGAACGGGAGGAAUGCUCCUCAAAUCCAACACAGAGGCUCCUGGGGAAGAAGUGAAAGAUGGAACGCUAAUGUUGAUCCCUACAGCAGACGUAGUCGACGGUUCUUUUCAGAGCGCUGUUAUGGAGAGCAAGAACGUGAAUACAGCUUCUGGACGAUAUGGACAGCAGUUUUUCCAGGAUGGUGGAGUUUACAACACCACCACUCAAGAGUUUGGAACAGAUCAGUACUACACGUCCGGACGCUACGAUAACAAGAUAUAUGGCAACGGCACUCUCCAGAAGUUCUCAAAUACUGGCACCCUUGACACGUGGAGAACCAAUGGGUGCUACUUGGACAAAAAACUGGCUUAUUUCGGAGAGCAGGAGGACGGGCGGUAUGCAGACGACCUGCUGAAGAACUAUGGAAACGAAGGGGUCGGAUCGUCUGCAGGAUCAGUGGGAUGUUGUAGCAUCUUGGGUGAACAGGAAUCCAUGGACUUUUUGAACACUCUCGGCCCCAAAUUUAGACCACUGGCUGACAUCUGCUACACCACAAACAAAACCGGAAAGUAAAACAAGACUGACUGAGAUGAGAGAGUACUCUAUGAUGUUUGCCCGGUCAAAGCACAUUGCAAAAAAGAAUGCAUUCCUAAUCAGUGUUUUUGUUUUGUUCUCCUGUAAAAAAAAAACUCCUUAAAUAUAUAUAUAUUUUUAAACACAUGAAUUUACUUAAGAAGCGGAAAGAGAGUUUUCUCAAUAUUGUUAUGUAAACUACAGAUUACAUUUCUUCCAAGUUUUAAAAUAAAUAUUUUGUCAUUUAGAGCAUCCAAAAGCAAACAAAGAUGCUGUUUUCUUACAUUUAAAUUAGUUUUAAUUAAUUUUUAACAUCAUUACACUAAAAGAAUGAAGUAUUUGAUAGUAUAAUCCUGAUUUUAGAACACAUUUGUUAUUCUAAUUAUCAUUUAUAUAAAAAUAUAAAUAAAUAAAUAAAUUAAAGCUCUAACUGAAAACAUAUUUAAUUUAAAAUAUGGAUUAAAUGUUAUAAAACCGUUAUAAAAGAUAACAUUUACCUUAAACCUGAUCAAUCCAGUAAAUCCAAAGAAGCCGAGAAUUAUCAAGUGGUCUGUUAAUAAUUUUCAUAUAGCUGUAAAUAUAAAUAUCAUUAGAUGAUUCUAAAAUGAUUCUACAAACUGAACUACACUGUUCCAAUUUACUAUGACCUUUUAUGUGAAGCUGUUUUGACACAAUCUACAUUGUAAAGCGCUAUACAAAUAAAGGUGAAUUGAAUUGAAUAAAAUCGCAUACAAAUAAAUGCUAAAAAAAACCGAUCUAUUAAAAAUAUCUCCGUUUUGUUUCUCCAAGUUUUGAGGAUGUUUAAACAAGACAAGAAUAUCGAUUUUAAAUAUUCCUUUUGCAGUUCAUGUCUUUCCUGCUGGAUUAGGUGUGCCUGUGUGUGUUAACUUUUGUAAGUGAAGUUUUUUUUGAGUGUGUGAAUGAUGCAAAUAAGCUCUUCUAUGAUUGUUUGCUCUGCUUUUCAAAACUUUUUUUCUCACAGAGCUGAGGAAAACAGUUGAAGCGUUAGAAUAAAGAAGAGACAUUUUUCUCUCCCUAAUCAUCUGCAAUUGCGUUUUCAGCCGCGUGAAGUAUUAACCGAGUCUGCAUUUACAAGACCAUCAUGAAGUUUGCUCGUAAUUAUUUUCCUGGGCUCUUCAGCUGCAAAAGCACUGACAUCAACUUUGGACACUGAACUCUGUUUGGACACUGUUUGGCCAUGAUGUAUUACUGGAGUUUUGUUUUUGUGUGUUAUUUUCAUACAACCUUCAGCAGUAGUAGUUUAGGGAUUCAAUUUUUUUUUUUUUAUUUCAAUGAACAGACACCAAAUAUUUUAUAUGCAAGUCACUUUAUAACUUUAAAUGAAGAUGGUGGUGAACGGUGAAAUAGGUAAAUUGGGAAUAAACUACAUUUAGUACUUUUUUAGCUCUAAAAAUUCACGUUUGUUCUGGCAGCACAUUGUAUUGUUUUGUAUUUGUGGUAAAUAUCAUCAGAUAUUUAGAGGGUUGUUUUGAUGUUAGACUUGUUAAAGGGAUGAUCUUUGUAAAUAUUUGAAUAAAGUUGAUUGCACACCUUGUA